AUGGUGCGCACCCGUGGAAGCGCAGUAGCGGAAGAGGCUGCCAAAGCAGUCACCUCCCUCCGGAACACUCAAGGAGAUAACACAGCUGUGACUGAUGUGCUGGAACAGGCACCUGAAACCUCCAAGAAGCGCGGACGGGGAAACGGAGUGGGGGCCGAAAAUAAGGCGAAGGCCAAGGAGGACGGCGCCUGUGAGGAUGUCGCUCCACCUGCUAUUGAACCUCAACCGAAGCCUGAAAAGCCAACGGAACCCUCCGGCGCGACGCCCGCUCUCUCCGUGAGCCCAGCGAACGAGACCGGAGAAGAAGGCGCUACUGUAGAAAACGAGGUUUGUGCCCCCCCCGCGGUCACCGACGGGCAGGCCGCUCAGGUAGGCAUGUGCGAUGCGGCGAAGAGCCAAAAGAAGGAAGGAGAAGAGAAGGAGAUGAUCGCGGGGGAGGAAGAGAAGGUAAUGGCGGAGGAGGAACAGGAGGAGACGGAGGAGGAGAAAAGAGAGGAGGAGAAAAAGGAGGAGCCGGGUACUGAACAGGAUCGGAAGGCUGAAAAAGAGGAAAGUUCCCGUCAUGCCUCGUCGCGGUGGUCCUCGAGGCCUGCCGAGGCGGAGACACCGGGCGCUAAGCGGCCUCUGGGGGAGCCGGACUUGCGCGAGGAGCGGCGUCGGAGGCGCUUCUCGGGACAGGGGGAACAGGACGAGAGCUCCUACACGCUGACGAUCUUGGUCCCGAAUGAGGCCAUGGGCUUGCUGAUUGGGCGAGCCGGGGCCACGCGUCAGGAGAUUGUGAGCCGCGCGGACAACGUGCGGCUGAAGGUGCAGGACUACAAGGACAUGGGCGAAGGCUGUUACGACAGAGGCAUCACCCUGAGCGGGUCCUGGGAGAAGGUGGCCAAGGCUCAAGUUCUCAUCCUGCAGAAGCUAAUUGACCGACGAAACAGCAUCAUUCGGGAGGGCAAUCUGGAAGACACUCUUUUCGCCGGCCCAGAUCCUCGCGUCACGGUCAAAUGGUGCAUUCCGCUCGAGCUGGGCGGUGCCCUCAUCGGCAAACGGGGUGCCACCCUUGCGCACAUCAGCAGCGAGUCGGGCGCUCGCAUUCGCCUCGGCCACGAGGAGGAGCUUCCUCCCAGCCGCCAUCAGAAGCGAGCAGUCUACGUAACGGGCCGGAAGGCCGAGCGAGACAAGGCUCUGGCCCUCAUUCGAGAGAAGGUGGGCGGGCACUACUUCGGCCUGCUCGGCCAGGGCUUCAGUCCGGACGCAGUAGUGGUAAAGGUGCCGGUGCGCGCUGUGGGGAUGCUCAUGGGCCCCAAAGGCGCGCGGAUGCGGGAACUGCGGGAGACGACGGGCGCUCGCGUCAUGUUGGCCAAGAUUGGUGACACGGAAAUGGGCUCGAACGAGACGUCCAUCGUCCUCGAUGGGAGCCAGCAGGAGAUCAAUGCGGCGCGGGAGAUCGUGCGGGAGCGGGUUUUCGCCUGGCGCAUGCAGGAGAGCAAGGAGCGGGCAGAGAGGGCGCUGACAGAGGCGGCGGCGGAGGAGCUGGGGAUGCAGGCCUCGGCGGAGGAGGAGGAGGUGACCAUCAAGUUUUCACUGCCCGUCCCGCUUAUGGGCCACGUCAUCGGGAAGGGCGGCUCCUUCAUCCGGGAGCUGCACGCGUCGGGCGUGCUGGUGAAGAUCUUGCAGGAGGAGACCUCUUUCACCCGCACCUACGACGAGCGACCCGUGAUGCUGACGGGGCCCCUGGCCACCGUGCUGGCCGUGGAGCAGCAGCUCCUGGACCGGAUGGCAUCAUCAAGCCCAUCACCUCCUCCGCCCCGCCGCCCUCCUCCUCCCAGCAUGAGCCCUCGCACAUGGGGCCGCAGCAUCCUCACCGCCAAUCCCCCCCACGGUCCUCGCACGGCUUUCCGUCCAAUGCCCCUCCUACCAGCAAGUCCUACCACGGCUACCCCUCCGCGUCCCAUGCGUACUCACCCCAACCCUCCACAGUCCCGCCAGCCUACAGCCAAUACCAGUCAGCGUCAGCUCCUACGGCCGCACCCUCCUCGCCCCCAGCACCCAGGCCAAGUCACGCCAUCCCGCAACAUCCCCUGGUGCCUGGUCCCUCCUCUCGGUCAAGCGGAGCCACCAGUACGUCGGCGCCUGCGUUCGAGUCGCAUAGACAAAAAGAAAGUGGGCACAGACAGGGCAGCCACCACUACGAAGGGGGUGAAGGGAGCUGGGGAGAUCGCGGCCGGAGAGACAGGGACUGGGAGGGAUAUCGAGGUCGAUCGUUCGCGCCCAGCAGCGAUUCGCGAGAAUCUUCCCGACAUGCUCCAGCACCGGCACCUCACCUUCCACCGCCGGCGACCGCAGCGCCGUCCUCCACCGCGUACUCUACCAGCUAUUCUCAAAGCUAUGAUCCCCUUCAACCCCAGCCCGGGGGAUCGUCUGGCCACCAAGCUCAACCUCAACCACAUCCCACCUCCUACCCGCCUGGGGGAUACAGCGCGGCAUACCCCACCCAGGCUUAUCAAGCGUCGCAGUCUCAGCCCCCGCCCCCGCAACUCACCGCCCCGGCAGCCCCUCCGAAUCCACCGGUGGCACCUGUAG